AUGACCAAAGCUCAUCACAUAACCAUCCUUCUCUUCCUCAUAUCCGCCAACUUCCUCGCAUUCAUCAACUCAGCUAGACUUCUUGAUGAGAUCCAACCUCAGUCUCAGUUAGUGCUGGCCAAAUCCCCACCGUUGCUCCAACCGAAGCUGAGGAAGAACCAGCACCAGCAACUACACUCCCAUCUGGUCCGUCCAGCAGGGGCUGGACACGAGCCAUUACUAGAGUUCUUUAUGCACGACGUCCUAGGCGAGUCACACCCAUCAGCUCGUGUGGUCACUGGAAUAGUAGCACAUACCGAAGUGAACGGUAUACCAUUCUCAAAGGCCAGCAACAGCAUCUUCCCUGUAGACUGUUAG